AUGAAAGAUUCUGGUGUCCUUCGCAAUUCUCGCAUCGCAACUCCAGACAUCCAGAGAUGUGUGCAAAAAUGCAUAAAGGGUAGCUGUUAUCCCACGAAAAAACUGUUUCACGGUGAUGGUUUUGCAAGAUCCGCAUCACAAGUUUGCUACACAUGACACAGAAAAUUUGCCAUGCGUGCCUUCCAUGGGAAAGCACGCUUAAAAAUUCAAUGCCUUGCAGGUGUAGCAAGACAAAUGGUUCUGUGUUCCAUUCUAUGCAUCACAAGUCCACAGUGAAACAGUUUUUUCUUGCGAUAGCUGUGCCACCAAAAUUCAAGAUGACUGGAUCACAAAGUACCGCGUUUACAGCCUGGAGAAUAACGCUACGGGAUUCUCAAAUGUUUACAUUCUCAACUGUUACAUGGAUUGGUCAUGCAAAACUACCAAAAGCCACCAGCACCAGAUGAUCAAGCUACAUCGCAGGACUAAUCUACGAAGGGCCAAACAGAAUCUAAAUCUGUGCCAAGUCUGUGAUGCGAAAGCAGCAAGCUUGCCACCCUGACUCUUGCUGUCCUUGCAUUUUUACAAAUUCAUGUAACACGACUGGAGAAGGUAACCGAUUUGAGAACGCCAUAAACGCGGCGAACUGCAUCGACUCAACUGCCGUCCCGCUAAUAAACCCGGAUUUGUGCUUAUCACGAGAAAAAAGGGUUACAGUUGCACACUCUAAUGGAAGACAAGCAAGACAGACGACCUCUGUCAUGCACGAAAUGCUCGCCAGCCUCAUUUCAUUCGUGUUUUCCCUUAUAGUCUGCGCAUCACAGGUUUUCUCCGUCACUGAAAUUCCAACAAAUGUGCCCCUGUAACACUUUUUUUCUGUCAUAGUGCCUGUCUACCUACCAAGGCUACUGCAGUGCGCCCUCGGGUCAGGCAAUUACGAAUACCGACACAGCUAUCAAAUGCAAAAAUCUCUGGAUGUCUGGAACAAAGCCACUUGUCAUGCUAAAUCUGAAGGAUGUAAAAAUCUGUGUUGCAUGAUUACCAAAAGCUGUCCACUUAUUUUGACCUAAUCGAGAGGCACAGGCAGUUUCUGACGCAGGAUAGGCAUGAGGAUGAGAGAGAUCCUCGCGCAGAAUCUGUCAUGCUAGGUCCUGCAUUCCAGACUUCAUGGGUCAUGGAAAUAAAGCUGCAUCACAAAUCCCGCAUUCUUCCAGACCCAGACAUUUUUGCAUUUGAUAACAGAGGGGAUGCUAAUCACCCAGUAUGAAGAUCGCGCGAGUGGUAUCGCAAGAAAAAUACACCUUUGUUGCAUUGUAAACUUGUGAUGCAGGAGAGAACGAAACUACACAGAAGUUCUGGUCUUGCUACACAUGCAAGACUUAUUGGAUUUCUAGCUGUGUUUAUCCUUAGCGUUAGGAAGCACGCAUGCCAAGUUUGAUUUGUCAUGUGUACUAUCGAACUUGUGAUGCAAAACAUGCGAAGUCCGUACAGUGAUGCAACAGUUUUUUCGUGCGAUAGGUGGCCACCGAAUCCGGGACUGCCGGUACCUGUGCUCCAAAGAGCCCGACUAUGACGGUGCACAACUCCCCCUCCCCCUCAUUUGCCAUGCAAAAUACUUAAUCCACGCCUUGCCUUUGUUUAAGCACUCUGCGCAUGACAAGUUUUGAACGCGGCCGGGAUAGAACUCCAUUCCACUUACGGAUUUGUCAUGCAAAUAAAGCUACAUUUGUGGCAUUGCUUCUGUUGCUGCUCACGCUAUACAAAUGAGGGGGAGGGGAGUUGUGCAGUUUCAUACCGACUGCGCCACCUUUUUCGUCAGCCUGCCCUUACUAUCCUGUGCAAAAGUAAUAUCGUACUCGUAAUAAUUGCACUCAUGCAUCACAAAUUUUUUUCUCAAGGUAAAUCCGCAUUGCAAAUUUUAAUUCUCAUGCUGAGGGAAUUUGUCAUGCAUUUACACGAGUGCGAUACUUCUAUUGCAGUUCAUAGUUACCGGGAAAGUGCCAUCUUUUCAAGAGCGGGUGCCUGGUCGAUACGACCAAGGUUCAGGAGUGGCAGGUAUCCUGUGUAAAAACGUCCCCACACCAGAAUCAAGAUGGGAAAUUAUCUGCAACACAAGUCUCCAAGUUUUGGGGGUUCUGCAUAACAAGUUUCCAGCUGAACUGCUGUGCUGGUUAGCAAGGAAAGUCGCAUGAGAAAGCCGUUUUCUCAUCCUGUGUACCGCAUCACAAAUGCAAAAACACGUUUGGAAAUGCCUCUCGUCGUGGAGAUGCGCAUUACAAAUGUUCCUGUCAUUGCACAUUUGCAUGACAACUCUGGGGUGGGGACGUUUUUACAUAGGAUAGCAGGGGUGGGAUAUCAGAGACUGCCCGUUGAAGAGGGCACAGGACGUCGACAGCGCCGUUUCCGCACUGUAUGACAAUGCACAAUUUCCCCUGACGCUCAUUUGUAAUGUAAAAUCCGAAAUCCUAUCGUUGCAUUGUGGCACGGUUGGCAUGACAAAUCUACUCGGAAGCCGAAACAUCAGUACUACGUUAUAGGUGCAUCAACUUGUCAUGCGAAGGGUCCAUUUCAUUUACAUUUUCAUUUUGAGCUCGUGUCUGUAUUGCUGUUCAUGGCAUGGUAAGUAGAAAGGAGGGGGAGGGGAAGUUGUGCACUCUGAUAACUCGGGGGGAAAUCCCACAUGGCUCACCGCGCAGCAGGACGACACUGAAUACGGAAAAGUCUAUCAGAGCGUGUACGGUGGCGCUCCUAACUACGGGGAGUACUGUGCGUACUGGGAGAUAUCAAAGUGAAAAAAGCCCCCACCCCAUAUCAAAACGAAACUUCUGAUGCUGGAUUUGCGUACACAAAUCAGAUUUGUCUUGCAGUAGCGGACUGCAGGCCGAUAUCAUGCCAGUGCGCAGAGGUUUUGGCCUAGGCGCUUAGCAUGGGGAACGCCUAUGCUGUAGGACCAACAGCAUUACAAACCGCCAGCAUAAUGGGGCGGAGCGGAUGCCGUUGCUGUCUUGCAAGACAGACACGAUUUGUGACCUCAAAUCAGCAACGCAAAUUUUCGGAAACAUAGCUUUUCAAUAUGGGGAGGGAGGAUUUUUCCUUUUGAUAGGAGAACACGGAUAGAAACGUGUUUGGGGGCGGCAAAAAAGGCGUUGCGGGUAUGCGAGUGUCAGGAUCGAAAUCGACAAAAUCGAAAAAUUUGUAGUGCAUAAAAUGUAGGGCACGAAUGGCCUGUGUUGGGGAGCAGGCAAAUGAGACCGAUUGCAAGCCUGUUUAGGGGAGACGAUGUGCUGGCAGAGUAGCAUGACAGGAGCAGUCUUCUUUGCCAAAACAGCAUGACAGACUAGAUUUUGGCGCUCCCGAAAUUUGUCAUGCGCCACUUGGAAACUGAGGUUCCAACUGGUAUCGAUUUUAUGCAUCACAAAUUAUUUCGAUUUUGUUGAUUUCGAUCCUGCAGCUUUCAUAGUGGGCGCGAACACGGAUUGCGCGAACCUGGAUACCAGGCCGGACUUAUGAACUGCAAAAGUAUCGUACUCGUAUAAAUGCAUUACAAAUUUCCUCAGCAUGAGAGAUAAAAUUUGUAAUGCUGAUUUACCUUAAGAGCAAGAUUUGUAAUGCACGAUUGCCAUACGAGUACGAUACUUUUGCACAGGAUAGGACUGGUGCGCGGACAAGUGGUGCUAUCAAAUGCAAAUAUCGAUCUGGGUCUGGAAAUAAAACUUGUGUUGCUGAUACUUGCAUUGCAGACUGGUUUCUUGUUGUACGGCAUAACAGCAUGACAAGUUAUCCUCGGCUUAUCGCCGCGGGUUCAUUCGUGUUUAGCAUGACAAGCUGACUUCCAGCACGACAAAAAAAAUGGUCAAUCGUGUUCACGCAUCACAGAUCUUGUUGUCCUUGAGGUGUUGCAUUUUAUAUUUAUACAAAUCUAGACCCAGAGCCAGACAUAUUUGCAAUGCAUAGGUGCUACGUGAAGACAACCUCGGAAGAGAACACCAAGAUCGUCCGGAAUCCGCUGGACUCCAACGCCCCGGGAUAUCCAGAUGGACCGAACUGCGUAUCAAAUGUAAAAAUGUCUGGGUCUGGAAGAUUCUGAGACUUGUCACGCAUGUUUUGCAUGACCCAGGACGUCUGUAAUGCACGCCCUAGCAUCAUAUGUUUUUAGAGGGCUUCCUGAUGCCUACUCCGCAUGACAAACGCCCUCCCCGCGUAGCACAAACUAGACUCCUCUUGCUGGUCAUGCAAUACAGAUUUUUUUCGAAUCCAAAGUUAGCAUCACCAGUUCCAAUCUUCCAGACCCAGACACUUUUGCAUUUGAUACUGCGAGGGCUUGAGCGAUGUGACGAAGAGCGAGAACCAAGAUAUCAAAAUGAAAAAUCCCCCCUCUUCCCUAUACCAGAGCGGAGAUUUGUGUAGCAUGAAUCGCAACCACAAAUCACGUUGUCAUGCUAGAAGGCAAAAGAUGCGGACUGUAGUGCUGGCUGGCGUGGGAAUAAAGCCCUGCAUCUUCAGCAUGACAGGAGGCAACUGCAAGUGGCAAACAGCAUGACAACUUGCCUGCAAGUAAGGUCGUAACUGCGUCUCCUGCUGGUCUUCUAGCAAUACAAGCCGACUUGUGUAGUACGCACAUCCAGCAUCACAAAUUUCCUUUCCGAUAUGAGGAGGUAGGGGGAUUUUUCUUCACGAUACAAGACACCUUCCUCUGGUACUCCUACGAGAUCUGCAACAGGUAUGGAGGUCUCAAAUGAAAUUACACUCGUCAGCUGUUACAUCGUGAUUUGUCAUGCUAGAUGUCCAGCAGGCGAUCGACACGACCAAGCUACAGCGCGACCCGAAGUUGCUUUUGCGCAACACAGAUCGGAGAUUUCUUUCCCCGGGCGGUAUGGACUUUCAUCGCCGCGUCCUGCGGGAGCCGGGGCAGGAGCGUAGAGAUUCCAUACGCAUACCGUCCUGGGAAAGGAAUCCGGCCUCGAAGUUGCUUACGCGCAACACAGAUCGGAGAUUUCUUUUCCCGGGCGGUAUGGACUUUCUACGCCGCGUCCUGCGGGGGCCGGGGCAGGGGCGUAGAAAUUGCCUUGGCUCCUGCAGGAGGCGGCGUAGAAAUUCCAUACCGCAACGAGAGGGAAGCCGCCGACCUGUGAUGCACAAAAGCAACUUUAACUUUGAGACCGGACUUCUUUUCCAGGGGCGGUUUCGAAUUGUCCGCCCCGCUGCCGAAGGAACACCCUGCGCCCGGCUGUAGCGCUUCGCGCACUAAGCCACUAUGCGCGCGCCUGAUGUGAGGCGAGGCCGACUGGCGGACGAUGUCCGCACUGAUGCCGAACACCCUUCCCCCCUACCGCUUUGCGAACUAAGCCACUGCGCGCGAGCCUGAUGUGAGGCGAGGGACGGACUCUGUCCGCCGCGAUGCCGAGCAAUGUUCUCCCACUCGCGCCACUAGGGGUGCGCACAAGGCCCCAGCGUGGGGACCCUGUCCCCACGCGUGGACCUUGUUUGUCAUGCUAGAUGUCCAGCAGGCGAUCGACACGACCAAGCUAUGCUACUGCGCAUGACAAAUUUUCGAAGGGCCAAACAGCCUGGGAGUGAUCUCCUGUGGUAAAUUUGUAUAUGCGAGAGGUAUAAGCGUAAGGGUAAGCCCCCCCCCUGUCGCUUUUCCUUUUGCUAUUCUAAUUCUUGCAGCACGAAUUCAUGUAAAAGUAGAGAGUGUACUAACGUUUGAGAGAACUACUCCCAUAACGUGUUUGUGCGCCCGACGUGAGGAAACUGUCGGAGGUGGAGAAGCGGAUGGAGGGCGGGGCUCUCAUGAGCCUGCAUAAGUAAGUAAAGCAAUACAACUGUAAAAUGAUAGCAGCAACUACACGAAGAAAGGGCAAUAAAGCACACUUACUCUUACACUCAGAUGACCAACAGUUGGCACAAAACGCAAGCAACAGGAUAAUUUAAGCGCGGUUUACUUAGAUCAAGUUCACGUUGAAAAUGCUAAUACUUUGAGGAGUACGUUUUUUUGAAACAGCAACU